AAUCUAUAGAGUUAAGGAUGAUAUAAUAAGUAUGACGGUUAGUAUAGAUUCAAUUUUGGCGAUAUUGAAGGAGCAUAUCAUCUAUGUUUAUUGGGUACUUUUUAUACUAUGUUUGAUUACAAGAUUCAAUGUUGUUUGGGUGGCAGCAUACGUAUCGCUUUGUGUUGGCCACCUUAUUUAUGAUUACUCCAAGAAUUAUAAGUAUCCCGAUUCCAGUAAAUGGCAGCAAAUCAGUGAUGGUGAUGUUGCAUUAAUAACAGGCGGAAGUAAUGGAUUGGGAGAAGAAAUAGUAAAAGACUUACUUGAAAGUACCGAUAUUGGUAGAGUAAUAGUGCUCGAUGUGGAACACCCACAUAUGGCUCAGAUGAAUGAGAAGGUGGAGUACCAUGAAUGUGACAUUGGAAAUGAAGAAGAGCUAAACAAUACAUUGACAGCCAUAAUAGAUCAUUUAGAGACAAAGGACCAGCAUAUAAGUAUUCUAAUCAACAAUGCAGCUAUUAGACAUAGUGAAUCAUUCCUCAAUUUAUCAAGAGAAAAGAUUUUCAACGUGUUCAAUGUUAACACCUUUUCUCAAAUAUGGAUCUUGAAACUGGUAUUGAGUAAUCACAUUGAAAGAAUUUUACCGAGAGAUCCCAAUGCAAGACUUUCGGUGGUCUUUGUAUCUUCAAUCUUGGGAACGUUAGGACCUAAGAAUCUUUCCGCUUAUUCUGCAUCGAAAGCCGCUAUUAUUCAAAUUUAUGAAUCUUUACUGAAAGAGCUUUCUGAAUAUCCAAGUGUACGUUUACUUCUCAUCACUUCAGGCCAAUUGACGACAAAGAUGUUUGAAGAUGUUAUGCCUUCAAAAUUAUUUUUUGCUCCUUUAGUAAAUCAUAUCAAGUUUGCAAAAAACAUCGUCAAAAGCAUAAACGAUGGAGAAAAAGGUGUCAUAUGUGAGCCUUUCUAUGCAAAUUUUUUACCAGCUAUUCGAGUACUUCCAAUUUUCUUACAAGAUUUUUGUAGGAAGAUGUCUGAAAUGGACGAUAAAAUUAAAGAUUUAGACAAUUCGAAAAAAGAACGUUAA